UCUAGUUGCGAAAUAUAUACCAUUCCUAAUUUGAUCGAUUUUAUUAAAUAUAUGCACUAUGAUUUUGAAGUGCGUGUAGUUUGAUUCUUGUACGUUAUAUGUUUUAGCUUCUAUCAUCAAACAUUUAAACAUCUUUUCUCACACAAACAAGCGGCCACUAAAAGCUCUCACCUCCCAACCCGGAAAGAGACGCCAUGAAGGUGGAGCCGCGCUUGCUCAGUGCCCCGGGUCUGCAGCCAUGUUCGGCGGCGGCUGUGGCGGUGUUAAGCCCAGCCAUGUUCGGAGCGGAGCGGGGCCGUGUCGGCAGCGGGGAGCCGGGAGGGCUGCGCAGUUCUGUGCAGCAUCCGCAGUGUUGGCAUCAAGAGCAGAAAUGUAGAAGCUGGAAUGAUUCAGGUUCUUUGGCAUUCGGCAGAUAUCAAUAUGGCCAUUUAAACCACUGGCUGGAGAGCUCUCUCACACCAGGAGAUUCUAGGCCUCUUUCUAGUUGCCCCAACUGGGAAGGUGGAAUUGAAGAAGGGAAAACAAUGAGGACAUCUACCAAAAAAAUGACAAACUGCGUUUCAAAUGAUUCUGCUGCCCCAUCUGAAAGGGAAACAGAUGAAGUGGUUCUGAGGAGAAGACAGAAACAGAUCAAUUUUGGAAAGAACACACUUGCUUAUGACAGAUACAUUAAAGAAGUUCCUAAGAAUCAACGAAUACCAGGAGUUCAUCCUAGAACACCAAACAAGUUUAAGAAAUACAGCCGUAGAUCCUGGGACCAGCAAAUCAGGCUGUGGAAGAUAGCACUGCAUGCGUGGGAUCCUCCUACUGAGGAAACCUGGGAUAUGCAGCCAGUGAGUACAGAACCCUCAGGCAGUUCCCAAGAAUGGUUCUAUAAAGAUCAUGAUGAUUCUGGCUCCACUCUAUUGGAUGAGAAGCAAUACAGAAUUCAGUGUGAAGAUCAGUGCAUCCAGACAGACUAUACGUCAGAGAGUCCCUGUUCUCCUGAUUCUUCACCAGUAUGGAAACGCAGAAAACGAAACAGUCCUGACUCCUCUGUGGUUUCAAAGGGCAAAAGCCAUUGUGUGCAUAUGUACCGUGCACUGGGAAGUCUUACAGAAUCGGGACAUCAAGAAGCUUUGACCAAGUGUUCCGAUUGGGAAAAAUUUGGUGAAAAUGAUGAAGUAAUGACAGUACAGCACAACAUAGGAAUAAAAAGUGACCCCAUUCCCACCAGUUGUUCUUCAGGGUGGAACAAUCAGAACAACGCCAGCAUCUUUCUGCCUGAUAGCAAAACUUGCAGAGACUCAGACUGCCAGCUGGAGAGGCUUAAGCUUUGUAGCAGUUUAUUCAAAGGACAUCAGUCAGAGUACCCUGAAAGGGGAUGGGGAAGUACCGAAGACAGAAUAUUGAGGAAAAACCUUUAAAUACCAUGUCUGUCUUUGUAUAUAGAAAUAUUGAAGGAGGACUUUCUCCCGCGACAGAAAAUGAUUUGAAGAGUAGGAUAUAGUCUGAAAUCAGCAGAUCAAACCUUGGACGACUGGUGCGGUCUCCUGAGUUCUGCACUGAACGAGGAAGAGAUUUACAGUCAGCAUUUAUGCAGUCAACACAAGGUGAAACUCACAGGCUUCUCCAGAUCUUUAAGGAUAAACUGUCUUCUCCAAGCUCUGCCUCGAGUAUAAAACCUCUGAUUUUAUCCAGAUUUUGCUAAGAUGAUGAUGGAUGUUCCUUAAAGCUUUUGUGAGGACGUUUCUACUUGACCUAUGUUGACAGAUGACGUGCAUCAUGUUCUCAAGGCUCCUUGCAUUGUUGGGUCUUGCUGUUGCCAUUUGGAGAUGAUGCUGCUUAAAGCAAACUAACAUUUUGCUGGUGAAUUGGUAUGAUAUUGAAUCAGAGUGAAGAAUGCUUCCUGCUGAAUCAUGGAGUUAAACUCUGUUUUCUUUACUGGACCAGAAUUGUGUAUCCAGCCUGGAGAACUGCUUCAAAAGAAUGUAGAUAAUUCCUGUUUUCUCUUCAGUUGCUAAAAGCAAAUUGCUUUUAGCUUUUCAUGAUCAUCUCUUUGGCUUAUUUUCCAUUCUCUGAGGUAAUACAUAUUACACAGGCAUCUGCCUAAAUGAGAAGGGAGAAAGGGAGAUGAUCACAAUCAGCACUUUCUCUUUGGGGGGAUGAGACCUUAUAAACAGCCACGCGAUCUGAAUACCUGGAUUUCACUUUGAUGUACGUUGCAUUGUGGCCUAUAUUGCUAAAGGGGGUAAGAUGAUGAGGUCAGUGGCUGCUCUUGUUACAGGAAAUGAAUGAGAAGCAGCAGUAUUUGCAGGUUUGGAGCUGCUUGGCCGUGGGGUGUCCUGGUUAAACUGAUUCUCCCUUGUUUCACUUUUCUAGUGCUGUGCUCCAAACAUUGAAGUGAGGGCUGUGACUCCAAUGGAGUUUAGAUGAGAACUAUGUGUCAGAUAAAAUUUGUUAUCACAACAGACUUUGACUUACGUGGUGGGAUACAUACAUUUGUUAGAGCUGUUAAUUGUCUUUCUGCAGUGGUUCAGCUCUGCCACUGUUAGUUGGCACUUCAUAAGGCCACUGCAGGAACUGUGGCCUUGAGAUGAUGCACAGUGACCUUGUGGGACUGGCAGUGCACUCCCAAGGCCAGACACCCACUGUUGUGCUGAAGCAUUAAGCUGCUAACGUGGAAACUACUUCCAGUCCCUUCCAAAGCAUCACUUCAAGUUGUUGCUUAGAUUUUUUUUCAAGUGAGUUUUGUAGAACUUCUGUGCUACUUGGAGGUUUUCAGAUACGCUUCACACUUGUCCAAGGCAUCAAGAAAACUUGACUGUAUACAGCAUUACUGCAGUGAACUGGAGCAUUACCUUGCCUUCACCAAAGCCUGUCAAGCGUAUAGAAGUUUACUACAGUGGUUAUGUAUAGCAAGUUUGCUAGUUCCCAAUGAAGAAAAGACUCAAUAUGUAGGGGAACAUGUGCUGCUGCUUUAAUAGGAGUGUAUUAGGAUUGGUGGCAGCUGCUGCUCAGUACUAAGAAUGUCCUCCUGGCUGUGUGCUUGCCCAGACAUAGGAAGAGGGUGAGGCCUGUGGUACUUACAAGUCAAAUAGGUCAAGCUCCCACCAUUGAGGGCUGAAUGGAGGCUGCCUGCAGGUUGGUGAGGCUUGUUCUAUUUCCUGCAGCAGCUGGGACUCAUCUAUAUAUGCUUAUGUAUAAGGUUCAGUGGAGUCCCAGUGCAAAGUAGCUCAGUCACAUACCACAGCAUGGCAUGUGUAUACAGGGAACAAAUCUAUACAGCACCUUCUGAAGCACUAUUUAAGAGCACUGCUGAUCCAGUCUGCAUGCUUCCGUGUGUUUUAUGAUGAUUAUAAAUACGAGAGUGGUUUUUGGUUUUGGUAUAUUGUCUUUGUGCAGAGGAAUUAAAGUCUUUAACCUUUCAAAAUG